CGUGACCCGGGUCAGCUGACAGCUAGUGCGUUCGCUCUCUCGCUCGGCGGAGAUGGAGUUUCUCUACGGCAAUCCCUUCAGCACCCAAGUCGGUCAGCGAGUUGAACAAGCAACAGAUGGAUCUUUGCAGUCAGAGGAUUGGGGCCUCAACAUGGAGAUAUGUGAUAUUAUCAAUGAGACGGAAGAUGGACCAAAGGAUGCGAUCAGGGCUUUGAAGAAGAGGCUUUCGGGAAACAAAAACUUUCGGGAAGUGAUGUUGUGCCUGACGGUUCUGGAGACCUGUGUGAAAAACUGUGGUCAUCGAUUCCACGUGCUGGUGGCCAGUCGUGACUUUGUGGAGGAUGUGCUAGUGAAAACCAUUCUGCCGAAGAACAAUCCUCCCAAUAUAGUGCAGGAUAAAGUCCUGAGUUUAAUCCAGGCUUGGGCUGAUGCCUUCCGGAGUACUCCAGAUCUCACUGGCGUCGUGACUGUUUAUGAAGAGCUGAGGAGAAAGGGGCUUGAGUUCCCUAUGACUGAUCUUGAUGCACUGUCUCCCAUCCACACACCCCAGAGAACUAUUCCUGAAGUGGACCCAGCAGUGUCACAGAAUUCAGUUCCAGCACAGGCACAGUCAGCAGUGUUUCCUGUCUCUGAACAACCCAUUCCAGUAGCAUCAUCGGAAGGUGCAAUUACUCCUUCCCUUGAGCAGGUUGCAAAACUGCGGAGUGAACUGGAUAUUGUUAACGGUAAUGUCAAAGUGAUGUCUGAAAUGCUGACUGAGAUGGUCCCAGGUCAAGAAGAUCCCUCUGACCUUGAGCUACUACAGGAACUGAACAGAACAUGUCGGGCAAUGCAGCAGAGGGUUCUGGAUCUCAUCUCAAGAGUGACCAAUGAGCAAGUGACAGAGGACCUGUUGCACGUCAAUGAUAAUCUCAAUAACAUAUUCCUUCGAUAUGAUAGGUUUGAGAGAUUCAGAACUGGACAGAAGACUAUCAACCGAGUGCCCAGUGUUUCAGAGAAUGUGGACAACUUAAUAAAUCUUACACCAAGUUCCCCUGCUGUUGUCACUCCAGUUGCAUCUAAUAUCUCGACACAGAUGGCAGGACUUAGUGUUACAGGGGAAGGUGUGAGUGCAACUGCAAAGCCAUUGGAAAACAGCCAUCCAAAAACUGAGGAAGAAGAAUUUGACAUGUUUGCACAAACGAGAAGCAAUUCCCUGGCAGAUCAGCGCAAGAGCUCCCAGAAGGCGGCCGGCGAGCGGCCCGUCACCAUGACGACUCAUCAUGACGCCGCAUCACCCCAUCAGCCGGAGCGCCAGCCCAUUGGCCCGCCGGCGUCUCGUGUUCUGGGUAACAACAAACGGUCGCUGCUCGCGCCACCGUUCGAGCAGCAUACGCGCGGAAAGGGGGCGUCUCCGGCCUGUGACGUCACCCCGGAGCAAGAUGGCGGCGCUGUCAGUGAGGAAGUAGCAUCGGCGCAGGGAAUGGCAACAAUGAAGCCCGAAAGUAGGAGAUACGCCAAAUUAUUUUUUUGA